AUGUCUGGCAUGGACCCAAGUGCGGUGCCUGGCUUUAAUGCAUUAUCCAAUGCUGAUCGAAAGGCAGUAGAAGAGGAAAUGCACUGGUUACAGAUGCGCGAUUCGAUGAACACCUACAACAACAUGGUCAACAGAUGUUUCGCCACUUGCAUAAGAAGUUUCCAGGAGAAAAAGGUCAACGCAGAAGAGAUGGACUGUACUAAAAGAUGUGUGACGAAGUUCGUGGGGUAUUCUCAGCGUGUGGCGUUGCGGUUUGCGGAGCACAACGCUGAGCAGGCCAAGAUUUUGCAAGACAACGAAUCCAGGGGAAAUACGGCGGAGUUGAGUUAG